AUGUAUGAUGACCCUGAAGAAAUCAUGAGAGUCCCCAUGGCAGCUUACAAACUCCUCAGACAACUGAGAAAUGAUUUGAUACAUAUUGUAGAAAACAACCAACCAAGUCUUCAGUGUGAAGAGCAUCACGAUGAGUUGAAGGCAAUGAUCCCACUGCUGGAAGACUUAGAUGGUGCAGCUUCAGGACUGAUCAGACUGCAAGAGAUCUACAAACUCUACCCAGAAGACAUCACAAAUGGCACGUCUCUAAAUGCAGAUAAAGCUCACCAUGUUGGGUGGGUUGCUUAUAACGAGAGAAAAUUCCAGCAUGCCUUUCUCUGGUUUCUGUACAGUCUCAACACAUCAAAAGAAUACCCAAGCACUAUGGAGGAAGAACUGUUCAACUACCUAUACUCAUCAGCCUAUUAUUUUGGCAGCCUACCUCGAAUACUUCAUCCAGCAGCCUCUAAAUCGUGA